UUUUUCAUUGUUAUCGGCGCGGUCAUACUGCACCUCACUAAACUUGAUAGCCCAACACGAAAAAUAAUUUAUUUCAAGCUGUCAAACUCUUGCAAAAAAUAAAAUAGCCGUGCAGAAAUUAAGAAAAUCGGAUGGGGCCGCUGUGUUUCUAGUUUGAAGUCCCCCAAACUGAAGUUUUCAAGUUUAAAUUAACCCCAGACCGGUGCCGACAUUUUCUCACCCGAUUAAAUCGAGUGUGGGUUUUUUUCUCCUCCCGCACCCCUCGCCCUUUUAAAGAGGCAUCACACUUUAAAUGACUUAAAGUGGAAAGACGGAGCUGCAAAGAUGAAUUUUGAGUACAUUGGCCAUGCGCUGGGCUACCACGGACAGCCGCUGCAAAAGAUCUGGGACGAUGAGCGGGGCAUAGACGAUCUGCGACUGAUGGGCCUCACCCAGGUGAACUAUGGCGUCUACCAGGAGCGCCAGAAGUUCUUCACCUUCCAGGAGCGGGCCAAGCGACUCAAGAUGCACCAGUUUUUGGCGCAGAAGGCCACCGAUCUGUACGACCGCAGUCUGGUGGCCAACGUUAUGGAGGAUUCGGUGCUGGCACAAGGCAACACCUGCAUGCCCCAGAUGCCGCCCUUUGAGUUCUUUCUCAAUGUAAAGGACAAACGCAAGGGUUGGGCCCACCGCCUGUCUGCCCUGAAGCAGGGCGACAUCAUCUACACCCAGGUGACAAGGCUGGCCAACGGCAACCGAUUGAUGGUGAAACCACUCUGCACCGCCGAGCCCAAGCACGCCUACCUGGCCGACAUGCCCAUCAAGGCCAUGAUCCUACAGGACUAUUGGGGUCCCUUGCCCUUGGAUAAAAUGGGCAUUCCGCGAACCUUUGGCCCAAAUGAUAUCCUGCGCUGCGAGAUUAACAUUAUAUCUGCGGAUACCGAGCGUCUCACCCUGAACAUGAUAGGCAUGUUCAACAAGUCGCCGGAAUUGAAGUUUGGUUUAUGCGACAUAAACGAGUUGCCCAAGUAUUAUCGUAAAAUCCACAACCUUGAACAUCCUUCUGUGACUCACUACGAAGAUGAACUAAAUGCUGCAUUGGAGUUCGAAAACCCAAACUACGAUUCGCUGUUCCAGGUGAAUGGAUUGCAGCCGAAUGAGAACCUGUCUCUGAUGAGCCAUCUGAAGGGCGGAUUCCCGGAGGCGGAGAACGCAGCGGAAUUGCGCCAGAAGCAGGCCUCCCAAUGGGCCUUCCGCUCCGUGGCUGAUGGCAUCGAGCACUUUAAGAACGGCCAGCAGGUCGAGGCCUUUCAGUGCCUAAACAAGGCUCUAAACAUUGAUCCGCGCAAUGUUGAGGGUCUGGUGGCUCGCGGUGCCCUCUACGCGAACCGCGGCAACUUCCUCAAGGGGCUGCAGGACUUUGAGAAGGCCCUGCACCUUAACAAAUACCACGUGAACGCGCGCAAGUACAUGGGCGAAACGUUGGUGGCCCUAGGUCGCAGCUAUGAGGAGGAGAACCGUAUUUCCGAGGCGGUCAAGGCCUACAGUGACUGCCUGAAUCUGCUGCCGCAGCACGAAGAGGCGCGCCAGUCCUUGGACGCACUGCAGCGAAGUGGUGACGGUAAGCAUAGACUAAGCACCGAGCUUAUCAACCUGACCGGUGACCACUCAUCGGACGAGUCCAGCUCAUCGAGUGCCAGUGAAAGUGAUAGCGAGGAUCAGGCUGGCAAGGCUAAGGGCAACAUCAGUCAGCCAUUCUAUGCCCAAAACCCGAUUCCACCGUCGGGAGAGGAAAAGUUGGCCGUCAUCGAUGCCCAGAAAGCCAACGAGUUCAGGUUGGAUGACGAUGAGACCGUGUCUAGUGUUCGGAAGCUUCUGCGCGAGGCUAGUAAGCACAAGAAGGCCAAGAAGAAAGGAAAGAAAAAAAAGGACAAGAAGGAGAGGAGGAGGUCCAAGACCAAGUCCGAUGCGGAGGAUUCCAUGGAAUUGCUUAAGAAGAUCGACUUUAAGGAGGCCUUCAGGCUAAUGAGCAGCGCUAGCAGCGAGACGGAACUGAAGGCUAAGAUCAAAAACUAUUUACAAGAAGGAAGUAGAGGAGGAGAUUCCCCGCCACCUGCCCCGCCGCCGAUGAAAAAAACACCAGCUCCAUCAAAAAGAUCUAACUUUGACACCAUGGGACCCAGCACAUCGCGUCAUGCGGCCGCCGUUUCUGGAUUUGGAGUUAACCAUCCACCUCCGGCACCCAAGUAUCAGGAGCAAAAGAAGCCUCCGGAGCCGGCACCCAAGCUUUCUUUUCAGAUCAAGAAGCGACCGCUGCAGAUGGACAAGUUGGGAAUGCUGCGUCUGGCGACGCCAUCGGAACCAUUGAGAAGCGGUCGAAGCAGCAGCUCGCGCAGCCGGAGUAGGAGUCGAAGCCGCUCGCGUAGUCGCUCGCGCCAUCGUCGUCGUGGCAGGAGUUCGCGUUCGCGGCAUAAAAGCCGGCGUCGUGGGUCGCGGUCCGACUCCAGAUCCAGGUCGAGGAGCAGAUCGCGCCGCCGCCGCAGCCUCUCACGUUCGCGCAGUGCCUCUCCACGACGCUAUGGAAAUCGCUUUGUGGUUAGGCGCUAUGACAACCGCCGAGAUCGCCGUUCGCGAUCCUACCAUCGCCGCAGGACGCCAUCGCCCUUCAUGCCGAGGCGUUCGCCCUCGCCCUUCGUGGCCCGCCGCACGCCCUCGCCGUUUGUGCCCCGACGCACUCCUUCGCCGGCGUCCCGCUAUCGACGCUCUCGCAGUCGCUCCCGAUCACGUUCCCGCAGCAUGAGUCCGCGACGCAUCCAAUCACGCCAGCCGCCGAUGGGUAGGGGCCGUGGUCGUGGCUCUAUUAAUCGCAGCAAGUACUCCUGGUACAACCAUGAUUCACGGAGUGUUUCCCGCGCCGUGGAGCCACCAAAUGGCAAGGAGAAGAAUCCCUCGGCAGGAGUGAGUGAGAGUGGAAAAGCCGUGGGCGAUGCCGAGCCCACAGUGGGACAGGUGGACAAAAUGAUCAAGGAGGUUUCGAAGGAGCGCAAGGAAGACCUUAUAGAGGCCACCAAGGAGAUCAAGGAUUAAUGUCUUCGACACAAACACUUACUACGAGUGUUAAGUUUCCUUUUAGCUGAUAGCGUACAUUUGAUUUUGAUAAAUUUGUAAAACCAGAAAUGUUCUCCAAACACUAAAUAAAGAAGCUUUCGAAGCGAAUUUAGGCAUGACUUCUUGCAUGCAAAAAUCAA